AUGGACAUGUCCUGUCGAGGGUCCCCCCCCGACCUGCUGCUGCUGCUGUCCCUGACGGCCUGGCCGUGCUUUGGCGUCUCCAGUGCCUGGUACGUCCUGUGCUCCCUGGAGGACGUGGCUGGGCCGCCUGCUCGAGGGAGGAGGGCUCUGAAGCCCCCAGGCCCAGGUCCUGAAGUGCGCGGUGACCUGCAGGCUGCACCUGGGUGCUGCUCAGGCCUGGCGAGCGGGCAGGGCCCAGGAAGCGACCUCUCUGGGCGCUGUGCGGCGCCCGUGCACCUCGCCCCCAUCCGUCUCGUUUUUGUCGUUCUAGGAUGGGAAUCCCAACUGCUGGAGACCGGGUUCCUGGGGAUAUUCCUGUGCCCUCUCUGGACGCUGGCCCGACUGCCCAGGUGCACCCCCACGUCCCGGAUCGUCCUGUGGGGCUUCCGGUGGCUGAUUUUCAGGAUCAUGCUUGGGGCGGGCCUGAUCAAGAUCCGUGGGGACCGGUGCUGGCGAGACCUCACCUGCAUGGACUUCCACUACGAGACCCAGCCGGUGCCCAACCCCCUGGCCUACUACCUGCACCGCUCGCCCUGGUGGUUCCACCGCUUCGAGACGCUGGGCAACCACUUCGUGGAGCUCCUGGUGCCCUUCCUCGUGUUCCUGGGCCGCCGCCUGUGCGUCCUGCACGGGGCCCUGCAGAUCCUGUUCCAGGUCGUCCUCAUCCUGAGCGGGAACCUGAGCUUCCUGAACUGGCUGACCAUCGUGCCCAGCCUCGCCUGCUUCGACGACGCCACCCUGGGACCCCUGUUUCCCUCGGGGCCGGGGGGCCUGAAGCGCCAAGUCCUCCAGCUGCAGAGGAAGGAGCCCCCCGGGGCCCAGCCAGGGCCCACGUACG